AUGAACAGCUACAGCAAUUUGGUCUCGGAGUACGCCAGUGCCCAAACGUUCCACUCAGCCGUGCCUUUGGCCAACCAGCAAUUCAUGGCUGUCGUCUGCUUAUUGCUCGCGGUGGUUUUUGUGUUCCUCAACUUCUUGAUCCCAAAGACCUCUUCUACUUUGGCCAGCAGUAUCGCCAACAAUGCUCAAUAUAUUGUGUAUAGCUUCUUAGCUAGUGGGUUAUUUGGUAUUGGUGCCAUCUUCUUGUCCAAUUCUGUUGGUGUUUAUGCUUGA